CCAAACAUGACACCUGCAAUAUCAGCGGCUGUUCUGCUGGUGGUCAGUCUUGGCCUUUGUUUCUCCAUCCCCAUCCCUGUGGAGGACAGCUCUGAAGUCACGGAGAAUGAUCUUCGCUUUGCACAGAAAUAUCUAAGCGCCUUGUAUAGUUCUCCAUCCAAUCCCAUUGGGAUUCUGAGAAAGACAGGAGCUAACAGUGUGACUUCUCAGCUAAAAGAGAUGCAAGCCUUCUUUGGCCUGGAUGUAACAGGCAAACUGGAUGAAGAAACUCUGGAAAUUAUGAAACAACCAAGAUGUGGUGUUCCAGAUAUAGGAGAAUACAAUUUCUUCCCAAGGAAGCUGAAAUGGCCCAGAAAUAAUAUCACCUACAGAAUUCUUAACUACACCCCAGAUUUGCCACGUGCCGAUGUGGACAGAGCUAUCAAGAAGGCGUUAAAGGUGUGGAGUGAUGUCACCCAAUUAAAUUUCACUAGGCUGCGGUCUGGCACUGCUGAUAUUAUGGUUUCUUUUGGAAAAAAAGAGCAUGGUGAUUACUACCCAUUUGAUGGCCCUAAUGGUUUGCUAGCUCAUGCUUUCCCCCCUGGAGACAAAAUUGGAGGAGACACUCACUUUGAUGAUGAUGAAAUAUUCACAAAUGACUAUAAAGGAUACAACCUUUUUAUUGUUGCCGCUCAUGAAUUUGGCCACGCUCUGGGCCUUGACCAUUCCAGAGAUCCAGGCUCCUUGAUGUAUCCGGUUUAUAGCUACGCAGAAACCACCAACUUCAUUCUUCCUGAUGACGAUGUACAAGGAAUUCAAGAACUCUAUGGGCCAGGUAACAAAGACCCAAAUCCAAAACACCCCAAAACUCCUGAAAAGUGUGACCCAGAUCUAGAGAUUGAUGCAGUCACUGAACUCAGAGGAGAAAAGUUUAUCUUCAAAGACAGGUUCUUUUGGAGGGUCCAUCCUCAGAUGACAGAUGCAGAGUUAGUUUUGACUAAGUCUUUCUGGCCUGAACUUCCAAACAAAAUUGAUGCUGCCUAUGAGUAUCCCCAGAAGGAUCUGAUAUUCAUUUUUAGAGGAAAUAAGUUCUGGGCUCUGAAUGGAUAUGAUAUAAUGGACGACUAUCCCAAAAAACUAUAUGAACUUGGUUUUCCAAAAGCUCUAAAAUCUAUCGAUGCAGCUGUUUAUAAUGAUGCAACUGGCAAGACGUAUUUCUUUACUGGAGACAAGUAUUGGAGCUAUGAUGAAGAAAGCAUGACUAUGGAUAAAGGCUUCCCCAGGCUGAUUGCAGAUGACUUUUUGGGUAUUGGGGAAAAGGUUGAUGCGGCUUAUCGAAGAAAUGGUUAUAUCUACUUCUUCAAUGGACCCGUUCAGUUUGAAUAUAGCAUUUGGAGUAAGAAAGUCACCCGAUUAUUGAAGACCAACUCCAUCUUGUGGUGCUAAUCCUGAAGAUAGCACUCCAUGAUCGCCAUCCAUCAUGGCAGAGUCUGAACCGCUGCCUUACUCCUAUCAUACAUAAAGCUGGGGAUAUAUUGAGAAUAUCACACGUCUGUAUCAUCACUUUGUACAAUGGUAACUGCACAGACACUACAUGAAUCCCUUCUUCGCUAUGUCUUGUGCUGUUGGCAUCAGUCCUGUUAUGGUUUUAUAAUUUCCACCAUUCUGUGUCUUGACCUUGACAAUGAAGGGUAAACACUAAAAUGUAAAGUGGUUGUCCAGUGGGAUAAAACUUUUUAGAAAAGAGACAGAAUAGGUUAAAAAUGAAAGAAGUAUUAUGGAUGACCUCCUGAAGAGGAGACAGGCGCUCCAUGCCAGCGUUUCUUUCUGUUCAUUACACUGAUCUUCAUCUCGGAAGUGCAGUGUAAUGAUAAGUACUCGCUCAAUUCAAGUGAACGGAGUGGGUACUUUUAAUUACACUACAUCCGCUCCACUGGAGACGAGGCAUAGUAGUAAUGACGAGGAAGCAGAACUAGCAUGGAGUGCCGCCUCCUCGUCUCACAGCUGGUGUCGGACAGCGCCGAUAUCGAUGAUCUACCCUGACGAUCGGUCAUCAAUAUUAAUGGCUGGACAACAGCCAGAGCUGAAUCAGAAAAUAGGGAAUGAUUACAUUCCUGCGACCUGCAGCCACCACUAGAGGGAGCUAACUGCAUAUUUCUUAUACAUUGACCUCAAAAGCAACAGUGUGUGCAGUAAACACCUAGGCUCCCUCUAGUGGUAGCUUCAGGCUGCCAUAAAGAUAUACUAAAAGGGCCCAUACAGUUAAAAAUAAAAAAAUAAACUGUACCGGUGGUGGUCUGGUCCCUGCUACUUUUCACUUCCUGGUCCCGGCUUGACAUGCCAAGAAAGGCCUGCUGUGGGGACCAGACCAGCAACACAAAUUCAGCUGGAAGGAUCAGUGAGGUUGAUAAGUAAGGUUUAAUUUUUAUUUUAUUUAUUUUGAACCUUUUCUGACCCAUUUUGUUAUAAUUUUCCAGAGAAAACCCAUUUUAAUCAACUCAGAAUUGUGGACCUAAAAGUAGGAUGGUCUUUAAAGUCAGUGCAUGCCCACCUUCCCCCCAUCAGUGCAUGCCCAGCCUCCCCUAUCAGUGCAUGCCCAGCCUCCCCCUAUCAGUGCA